CUUAUAUAUAAAAAAAAUAUGGCAAGUUCUACUAGUUCUCCAAAUAUUAUCACACUAAAGUUGCUGAUCAAUACAAAGGAGAAAAGGGUUUUAUUUGCUGAAGCUGGAAAGGAUUUCACUGAUUUUCUAUUCUCUCUUUUAUCAAUGCCAAUUGGUACCAUCAUAAGGCUUUUAUCUACCAAUGGUAUGGUUGGUACCUUAGGUAAACUCUAUCAAAGCUUAGAAAAUCUAAGUGAAACUUACAUACAAUCUAAUGUCAAUAAGGAUACCCUUCUCAAACCCAAGUCAUCAUCAUCUUCAUUUGUCCUUUUACCACUUCUCUUAUUGACCAAUACUAAUACUACUACUACUAAUAGUAGUAGUAGUAGUGCUACACCUACCAAUAAUGUAAAACAAAUCUUUUCUUGUGGUACAGGUUACCAAUGUAAUAGCAGUCCUUUUAAUACAUACUCCUCUUGUCGUAAAUAUGUAUCUGAUGACUCAAAAGCCAUUUGCCCUAAUUGUAAAAGUUUCAUCAAUAAGAUGUUGACUUAUGUGCCACCACCAUUACCCCCUAAUAAUAAUAAUAAUGUUGGCUUAUCAUCAUCUUCAUCAUCUUCAUUAUCAUCUGGGGUUAAUAAUGAUCAUCAUCAAGUUGGUAUUGUGAAAGGAGUGGUUACUUAUAUGAUUAUGGACGAUCUUGAAGUGAAGCCAAUGUCUACUAUCUCAAGCAUUGCUUUACUUAACACUUUUAAUGUUAAGGAGGUUGGUGCCCUUGAGGAGAAGACUGUUUCCCUUGGUAUUAAUGAGGGUUUGAGGUUGCUGAAGGCUUCUUUGGAGACAAAAACAGUUCUUACUCAUGUGUUCUUGGGAAAAUAGAAUCAUAUAUACCAAUUAUAUAUAAUGUUGUCCAACUCCAACUCAUCAUCAUCAUCAUCAUAGUCUUCUUGGAUCAUCAUCUUAAUAAUUUUGAGUUUAAAGAGUGUUUUUUGUUGCUUGAUUAUAUAUGGAAAUAUUAUUAAUGCUUUGAUGAAUUAAUGUUUCUUGCUUUGUUUUAUAAUUUUCUUAUUCCUAAGAUUUGUGUGUACGAGA